AUGGGCGUCUUCGCGUUGAGCGCCGGGUUUUCUAGAGGCAGGUUCGGCGACUUCACCCGCUCUCUGCUCGCGAGCGUCCCGGGGGGCGAUCUGAAGUCCAAACUCGGCUCCGUUCGCGCUUCGGCCACCUCGGCCAGUUCUUCGCGCAGGGAGUUACUGCCGAUCAGCUCGCACGACGCUCGGCCGUACUUCAGCGGCCUCCCGUGCUCCAAGGUUUCGCCUCGCAUGCGGCCCCUCGGGGUGCUCUGGUCCGGUCUCGUGUUGGAUGCUUUGAACUUCCUCGCCUGCGCUGGUUGGUCCAGCUCGCCUACCCGUUCUUCCGCGCCCCCUGGCCUGGACCCAGCUCAGAAGUGUUGCCUGGACCACAUUUGGCACGCGGUCCAGCACUUCGUUGAAUUUGACGGCGCGCCCUUCCACCUCGAGACCUGCAUGGAGGACCUCCUUCACAAGAAGCUCGGCUACCAGGGGGAGGUCGGGAGCAAAAGGCGGGAACUCACUCGUGUGCUCCCGUGUGCUCCCCUGCUGGCCGCCGGCCAAUGGCCGAGCCGCACGCCCGUGUCUCGGGUCCACGCCUCGUCUUCUGAGUGGUACUCCUUGGCACGCGCCGGCUUCGAGAGGGGCCUCUUCGAACCGAUCGCGGAGACGGGCAUCUUCCGGGACGCGUGGGGGACCCCUGUGCUGAACGGGGCCAUGGGGGUCGACAAGCCGAAGCUGGUCGAUGGCGAGGUCGUGACGUGCCUCCGCUUUACCUGCAUCUUCUGCUCCAUCAACGCCUUCUUCCGGAAAUUGCGGGGCGAUGCUGGAGAUCUUCCGUACCUGGGCCAGCUGGGCCUCGUUCUUCUCGAGGGCUACGAGAUCUUGACCAUCGACUCCGAGGACAUGCAAGCCUGCUUCAACCUCUUCCGGAUGCCACCGGCAUGGUCCGCCUUCUUCGCAUUCGAAAAGGUCGUUCCGAUGUCGGCCUUCGGUGGGGACCCCAGCGUUAUGACGCACGUGGCCAUGCGAGCCGUCCCCAUGGGGUGGCUGGGGGCCGUCGACCUGAUGCAGUGCAUGGCCCGGCGUUUUGUCUUUGGGCUGUGCGGCGUGUCAGCGAACACCGAAUUGAGCAAGGAGCAGGAGGUCCCCAGCGGCGACAUCAGCGUGGUGUGCAUGGACGGGUUCGACUUUGUGCGCCGGCUGCGCGUUCUUAGCGGGAAGCUCGAUGAGUUGCAGUUCGAAGCUUCCGAGGAGCACGGCCGCUUCGUGCAGACUUGCUCCGAACUCGGUCUGCCGCUCAAUGCCGCCAAGAGCCUUGUCGAAGGACUGGCGGGCCAGAUCCUCGGCGGCGAGCUCGACGGUGUCCGGGGCACGUUGGCGGUCGAGCGCGGAAAGGGCCACGCUCUGAUAUCCAAGGCGCUGGCUUUGCUGACCAGGCGUGCGUGGCCGGCGGCCGGUCUGCAGCACUGGAUAGGCGGAUAUUGCUUCGCAGCUGGCUUCAGGAGGCCGACCUUCUCGGUCUUGCAGGAGUGUUUUGGGUUCGCAGCUGCAGCCGAAACGAAGGCCCAAGGCAUCUUGGAGCCUGAUCCGCAGGUCGUGGACGAGGUCAUGGUGGCAACAGCCUUGCUGCCGAUGUGCUUCACGGAUUUGCGCGCCCAGCUUCGGCGCAUCAUCAGCUCGAGCGACGCUUCGGAGAGCGGCGGAGGAGCGUCCGAAGCCAGACAGCUGAUCUCGGCCUUCGAUCCCGAAACAGCGGAGGUCCACGACGACGUGAACGCGGCUCUGAACGAGGAGGUUGGCUCCUGCAGCAUGACGGCGUGGAUUCUCGGCGAUGCCAGCCUGAAGAUUGGCGCGGCAGCAUGCCAUGGGCCCCCCAGCGGAUCCACGCUCAAUUCCGGCGCCGGUGCCAAGCCGCAGCGGCUGCCGCAGGAGAGGACCAGGGAGCGGCGGCCGUGUUUCGUCAUCCACUCUGCGAGCAGCUGGAUCUGGCACCAGGCGCCUCUCGCCGAGGUCCUCGAGCUCGAGGGGGUCAUAUCGACCUGGACGUGCACGUGUCGCUAUGGCGCGCAGUUCGGCACUCCAAUGCGCAUUGCACACAACAGCCCUGCCUUGGACGUGCUCUGCGGCAGUGGCCCGUGCGACUGCCCUAUUGAGGGCAGAGGCCGCCUCGACGUCGAGCUCCCCGUGAAGUUCGCGGAGGUUUUUGGCCAUUGGGCUUCAGAGAUUGCUUCCUUAGGCGGGUGCGCCUUCCUGCCAGUCGCGCCUUCUGAACGACCCGCAUGGUUGGCCGAAGGGCUCUGGGUGGCGACUGCGAGGCUUCGGCAGGAAGCGCUCCAGCCGGCGAUCGUGGAGAAGCUAUUGGAGACGAUGUCCACGAUGAGGAGGGGCGCCGAAAUCGAGCACCUCAAGGCCAUGUUGAAGCGGGCGGACUAUCGAGGGUCUGACGUUCGCUUAACGACUGGGGCGCUUGUCGACGGAUGCCGCCAGGACGUGCCAUACCCAGCAUUUUGCUGGGAGUGGACCACGGCGCAGAGCUACGGGUGGAAGGCGCCACAGCAUAUCAACGCUCUUGAAUCCACUGCAUUCUUCAACUACGUGCGGAGCCAGGCCGGGAGUAAGGACUUCCACAAACGCCGGUUCUGCCACAUCUUCGACAGUCGGGUGGUCAGCUGCGUCGUGGCGAAGGGUUGGUCUUCGUCGCGUCUCCUCAAUCGGUUGUGCCGGCGGUUCGCCGCCUUCUCCAUUGCCUCGAACACCUACGUGCUCACCUUCUGGACGGUUUCGGCCUGGAACCACAGCGACGCCGCCAGCAGGCGGCUACGAGAGACCCUGGGCGAGCUAGACGAGGAGGUGGGGGAGUACAUCAACCACCUCUACUUGGACAGCUACCCGCAGGGCUGGGCCAUAGACCUCGUGAGCGCCAUGAAGCGGUACUACCCCAAAUGCCGGAAAAAACUCAAUAUCGCGAGCUUGUACCUCAAGAACUGGGCGCGGGUCACCGAGCGGCGUCGCGCAAUCCCAGCAAGCAGGGACUUGGUUAUCGGCAUGGCGGUGGCGGCGCUGUUCGAGCGGAAGGUGAGGUUAGCUUUCGGGAUCUUGUUGUCUUUCGUCGGCCUCCUCCGCGUGGGGGAGAUCAUCGGCGCGACUGGCCGACAGCUCGCGGUCUUCGGGGGCGGCUCGCUCUUGACGUUGGCGCUUCCGGACAGCAAGGGCGCCAAGCGCACGGGCGACACUGAGCAGGUGACCGUCUACGACCCGUUGGUGCUGAAGCUCGCCGCCAUCAUCACUUCGAACACCGAGCCAAACGAGAAGAUUUUACAGCUGACGUACGCGGAGUUCGCGAAGGAGUUGACCAGGCUUGGUCGCAUGUUUGGCGUGCGUUCGCCAAGGUUCACUCCGUACUGUCUGCGGCGAGGUGGUGCCACAUGGCACUUUACGAAAUAUUCCAGCUACGACGCCACGGUGGACCUCGGCAGGUGGGCCCAGGUCCGCACAGCGAAGCUCUACAUCGACCAAGCGACCGCGGAAACAACGGAGCUGCUGCUCCCGUCCUGGGGUCUUCGGCGCCUGGAGUUAGCGGUCAAAAUCAUCGACGAGCUGGUGACGCAGACG